AUGAACAACCCGGAAGCCGCGGAAGAGGGCAGGGAGACGCGUCGGGAGGGCUCUCCGACCCCGCCUGGCCCGCGUAACGGCCGUAGCUCUGUCCCGACAUUCUUGAUAAUCAGCUUCGUUCUGUUUAUGCUCACGAAUAAUCGUGGAGAGGAGCUAGAUGCUCGCUAUCAGUACAUGAAGGCGUUGGACUCGUUGAAUGGCCAGGUUGCGGACUUCUCGGCAUGGUUGCACGGAUCGCCUUCGAACUUCACGCUCCCUCCGGAAGACAAUGUGACGAUGCCUCUGGUCAGCUCGUUUGUCAAUCUCGGACCCGUACUCGACCCAGACGUCGGGUCAUACUACACCAACCUCACAGGGUUCUGGCAUGGUGAGGUUGACUUCCAUAACCUGACGUCGCUGUCUGCGAACGACUCUGCUCUCUCAUGGGGCCCCUCGGCGAAGGAGCUUGUCUCGCAUACGAACAUGACUCUUCUUCCCGAACUCCUGGGUUUGUGGAACUGGGCCGCCACCGACAAGCUCAGCCUAAGUGUGGGCGAUAAGCUCAUCUUAAACCAGACCCUUGCGAAGAACAUUUCUGAGGAUGUUGCUAUCAUUCAUGGCAGGAUUGAACUGUCGGAACCUAAUGCAUCGGAAGAGCUCAGGCUCGACUUCGACGGCAUACACUUCGUCUCCAAUGGUUCCAUCUAUGCUUUCGCGGAGACAGUCCAGGGUCGAGACCUGCGGAUGCUCCCCUCGCUUGUCCCCGCUUCGCGUCUGAAUGACACCGCCCGUGUCAUUGAAGCUGAGCUUGCUGCGCGCAUAGUCAAGCUGAAGGAGAAGAUCGAAAGCGGCUCCAUCGACCAAGAUGCACUGAAUGACUCCGAUGAGCCACCGAAGGCCCGCUGUUCGUUCAGACUCUACGGACAUUUAGAGCCUACGAACGUGCCCCGAGAUUCGAUGAAGCAACUAGAGGAGGAGAUUGAGAAGCCGACGGGCAUCUGGACCGUCCGCCCGCCGGAGAUGAAGCUCGAUGGUGUACUCGUCAGCCAGAACUGCGGUGUGCUGUUCAAGAUCAAGGAGACAACCGGACUCAAGUCUCCGCAGCUGUACAGAAAGAUCACUACAUAUGCCGGGAUAUCUAUGAUCGUCAAUUUCAUCCUACUGAGGUUGCUCAUCCGGGAAACCGCGCGUAUCAGUAAUGCGAUUGGACUCAAUCGCGUCUCGCGGUACACCUUCCUGGCGCAGAGUUUGAUCGAUGCCAUCUCGUUCGUUGGGCAUAUCACUCUAGGUAUAUUGGCGGACGGGAGGGCAUCCUUGUCUGUACUCGCUCCGGCUGGACUUGCAUGUAUGCUGUUCAUCAACGAAGCGCAAUUGGCCGUAGCCAUUGGUCAGGUGCAAGCACCUGAAGACCUGGUGACGCCUCCUGCACCUUCCCCAGCGCCGCUUCCAGCACCUUCUCCAGCGCCACCUCCUGUUCUACCAAAUCCUGCAGACAAUGCUGCGGCAGGAACACCUCCCGGUGCAUCUCCUGCGAACGCAAUGCCCCAGCCGGCAGAACAAACAACCCCGCCGACCAUUACGGUGCCCGAACGACCAUCUUUCCUGCGGUUCCUGUGGAAUCAUAUCAGAACAGACCCAUCCGCAAGGCUUUGGACAAUCAUUUCCCUCUUUCUCAUUGUUGUCUUCCGCAUAGUCAUCCUACUUUCGCUGCCGCUAUUCUUCGUCGCCUCCAUGUACAGUUUCGUCUGGGCUGUGCAGAUCUACAGAUCUGUGCGGCGGUCGAGGGGCAGCGGGUUGAGUACGGAAUACCUUGUGGGAACGACCAUCUGCAGGUUGUUUUUCAUCCUCUACUUCAUGGGAUGCCCGAAGAACAUACUGGAUGUGGAGCCGCGACGUUGGGUAUACGUCGUCCCUGUGCUCAUGUUCGCCCAGGUCGCCACAGUACUCCUGCAAGACCGUCUCGGUCCGACAUUCUUCCUCUUCAACCGAGUCGUCGUUGGGAAGUCGUACGACUACCACCCGCCGAUGCCACUCCCCGACCCGGAGGCGCCGGAGCAGACGCUAGGCGACUGUGCCAUCUGCAUGGACGCGAUUGAGGUGGACCCCUCCCUCCGCCAGAGACGCAAGUCGAGUGACGGAAAGGAGCGGGGAGAGCUCGGUGUUAUGGGUGGCAUUGCGAGCGCGCACAGGCUGGGCUCUGCGCGGAAGAGCUAUAGUCUCGCGCCGUGCCAUCAUCUAUUCCACACGGCCUGUUUGGAGCGGUGGUUGGCUAUCAAGAAUAUCUGUCCGCAGUGCAGGAGACCUCUGCCUCCUUUGUGA